AUGAGAAAAGCGAGGGGAACAAGCCAAGAGAGAAAAUGGCAAACAAUUAACUACUCUAGAAGCCUUUUUGUUCUCUCACUUGUCCUUGUCUUCAUGAAUGUCAACUUAGCCUUAGGCGCAACUGCUUCAGUCACUUACACUGUGACAAGUCUGGGAGCAAAUCCUGAUGGCAAGACCGACUCAACCAAAUCAUUUCUCUCUGCAUGGGCCAAAGCUUGUGUCUCCGCCAAACCUGCUGUCAUUUAUGUCCCGGUAGGGAGGUUCUUGCUUCGCAAAUCGGUUUUUAAUGGGCCAUGCAAGAAUAGCGCCAUCACAUUUCAAAUUGCCGGCACACUCGUCUCCCCAUCAGAUUACUGGGUAAUAGGAAAUGCCGGUAACUGGCUUUUCUUUGAGCAUGUGAAUGGGGUUACCAUCUCCGGUGGUAUUCUUGACGGACAAGGCACUGGAUUGUGGGACUGCAAGACCUCCGGCAAGGGUUGCCCGAAAGGAGCGACUACACUUGGUUUUUCCAAUUCGAACAACAUUGUGAUGAAUGAAGUGUCAUCCCUAAACAGCCAAAUGUUUCACAUAGUGAUCAACGGCUGCCACAACGUGAAAAUGCUAGGUAUUAGGGUUUCUGCCUCUGGCAACAGCCCUAACACAGAUGGCAUUCACGUUCAAAUGUCUACCAGUGUCACUAUUCUCAACUCCAAAACUGCGACGGGAGAUGAUUGUGUUUCAAUUGGCCCCGGCACCAGUAAUUUGUGGAUUGAAAACGUCGCAUGUGGUCCGGGGCAUGGAAUUAGCAUUGGGAGUUUAGGCAAGGAGCAAGAGGAAGUGGGAGUACAAAACGUAACAGUUAAAACAGUUACAUUCACCGGUACUCAGAAUGGGGUGAGGAUCAAGUCAUGGGGUAGACCCAGUACUGGGUUUGCCAGGAACAUUCUUUUUCAACAUGCUGUAAUGGUCAAUGUCAAAAAUCCUGUUGUUAUUGAUCAAAAUUACUGCCCCGACGAAAAGCAUUGCCCUGGUCAGGAGUCUGGAGUUCAAAUUAGCGAUAUUAUGUACCAAGACAUUCACGGCACAUCAGCAACAGAAGUUGCCGUGAAAUUCGAUUGCAUGUCCAAAUAUCCUUGUAACAAAAUCACAUUGGAGGAUGUUAAGCUCACUUACAAGAACCAAGCUGCUGAAGCUUCUUGUAGCCAUGCAGGUGGAACAGCUGAGGGUACGGUUCAACCUACAAGUUGUCUGUAGAAGAGGAAAUACAC